AUGCUGUACACUAAAGGGCUGCUGGAGGCGGUCCAGGGGAGGGACUUCGCUGGGAACUCUGGCCUGAAGGGUCUGCUCGAGGACCUGAGCAACAAGGCCGACGGGGCUGAGGACGCUCUGGACGAGCUCCACUACUUCAUGAUCCAGGACAAGCUCGAUGGGACUCGAGAGGCCACUCCAGAGUUGGGAGAUGGCCUCAGCGGCAAAGCUCAGCAUGCCUGCCAUGCUGCUCGCCACACUUCUGGUAACUGGCUCUCAUGCUUCUCUUGUUGCCGUUCGCAAGAUGAGGAUGUUGCUGCUGCCGACGAUGUCCAUAACACCCAUAGCACAAGCAAUGCCAUUGCCAUGUCUGUUGACCACAGUGGCCAUGAUGGAAAGUUACCAUUUGACAGGGUGGCAAUGUCCAACAAAAUCAAGCAGCUCAUAGAGGAGCUGCACUCUAACUGUACUCCUGUCUCUGACUUGCUCAAGAUAGUGUCAGGCACUAACCCUCAGCAACACAUGCCUGCCUUCGCUAAAAGGCCUGACACAAGCUCUGAAAUCACACAGGAGAAGUUGUUUGGGAGGGAUGCCAUCUUUGAGAAAACUAUAGAGGAGAUUAUCAGUGUGACACAAAGUGAAAUGGUGACAAAAGAAUCUAAUCCAAUUGACCUCCGUGGUUUGGAUCCUGAUGAGUUUUGGAAAUUCUUCCAAAUAUGUGCAUUUGGGAGAAUUCAAGAUGAGCAUGGUGAUCAAGAGUUAAUUGAUAUUGCAAAACAAAUAGCAGAUAAGCUGAAAUGCUCCCCACUUGCAGCCAAAACAGUUGGUCAGUUAUUGAUUAAGAAACCCUUUCAGGAACAUUGGAUGAAAAUUCUUGACAACAAAGAGUGGCUAGAAGAAAACCAUGACAAUGAUAUUAUCCCUGCCUUGAAAAUUAGCUAUGACUACCUUCCCUUCCAUCUGAAAAAAUGGUUUUCGUGUUUUUCCCUUUUCCCUGACGAUUAUAAAUUUGGAAAGCUUGAGAUUAUUCGUUUUUGGGAUUCUAUAGGCAUCAUAGAUUACCUUAAGCAGAAUAAAAAAUUUGAGGACAUAGGAUCAGAUUAUCUGGAUGAACUAUUAGAUAAUGGUUUUCUUAUAAAAGGAGAUGAUAAUAAUUAUGUAAUGCAUGAUUUACUCCAUGAUCUUUCACGUAAAGUUUCAUUAGAAGAAUGUGCCUAUAUCAGUUGUUCUACUUUUGAGGCAAAUGAAAUCCCACAAUCUAUUCGUUACCUAUCCAUUUUCAUGCAUGAUGAUAUUCAUGUUAAAAGUUUCGAGGAAGAGAUGGGUAAAUUGAAGGAAAGGAUAGACAUUAAAAAUUUGCAAAGUUUGAUGAUUUUUGGAGAAUACAGUAGGUUACACCGGGUCAAUGUUUUAAGAGACACAUUUAAGGAAAUAAAAGGUCUCCGUGUUUUAUCUAUAUUCGUGAACUCCCAUAGUUCCUUGCCAAACAACUUUUCAAAGCUUAUCCAUCUUCGAUACUUAAAACUUAUGUCGCCUGUUUAUGCAGAAGUGUGUUUGCCUAGCACAGUGUUUAGGUUUUAUCACUUGAAAUUCCUAGAUCUUAACCAAUGGAAAAGUAGUUAUUCUUUGCCUAAAGACAUUAGCCGCCUUGAAAAUCUACGCCAUUUUGUUGCUACGAAACAAUUUCAUUCCAAUGUUCCUGAGGUGGGGAAAAUGAAAUUUUUACAAGAAUUGAAAUAUUUCUAUGUUAAGAACGCGAGCAUUGGAUUUGAGCUAGGAGAGUUGGGGAAACUAGAAGUGCUUGGAGGAGAGCUCAAGAUAUCUGGACCUGAAAAUGUGAGAACCAGCCAAGAAGCCGAAGAGGCCAAACUGAUGGAAAAGAGGAAUUCAGUGAAGUUGGGAUUAGUUUGGAAUAGGAACCAAGAGUCCACUGGAGAUGAUAUUCUUUUUUUAGAAAAGGCUGGAGAUGAUAUCCUAGAUAGUCUCAAGCCACACUCUAAUAUUAGAAGACUUCGCAUUGUAAAUCAUGGUGGCUCUGUUGGUCCUAGUUGGUUGUGCAGCAACAUCGUAUACAUGAGAAACUUGGAGACCCUACAUCUAGAGAGCGUAUCAUGGGCCAACCUUCCAUCUAUUGGGCAGAUGUAUCACCUAAGAAAGCUGAAGCUGAAAAACAUUCUUGGGAUAUCUCAGAUUGGACCUGAUUUCUUUGGUGGUUGGCCUAUUUCUUCUACAGAAGGCAACACUAAAUGGUUCCCUAGCCUUCGUGAUCUUCACAUUCUUAGAUGCCCGAAGUUGUGCCUUCCUCCCAUGCCUCACACUUCGAUGGUAUCCCGUAUUUAUACAAACUGCUUGUUUUAUUAUCGUACUAAGUUGGACAUUAGGAAGCCCUCUGAAUUGGUUUUCCACAAUCUUGGUGAUGUAGAAAGGUUGACAAUUCAGGAUGCAUCAUGCUUCUCAUUUAUGGAUCUUCAAAAGCUACAUUCCCUAAGACAUAUAAAGGUCAGUAGAUGUGAGGAAACCUUUUUGAGAGGACUGGAUGAUGGUGUUGUGCUCCACACAGUCCAAACUCUCGAACUCGAACACUUUUCACUUACCAGAAAAUCCUUGCCAAAUUUGUUCGAAUGUUUCCCAGCUCUUUCUAGUUUGGAUGUCAGCGCAUCAUUAGAUGAGGAUCAUGAGGAGGUGGUACUGCAGUUUCCACCCUCCAGCUCGCUGAGAAAUGUCCGCUUCCGUGGGUGUAAGAAUCUGAUCCUGCCUGUGGAUGAGGAGGGAGGAGUUGGGUUCUGUGGCAUCUCGUCACUCGAGUCCGUUGCCAUAAUAAAUUGUAACAAGCUAUUCUCUCGGUGGUCCAUGGGAGCAGUAGCAGCUCAGACUCAGAGCAUCAUCUACCCUCUCCCCCCUUCCCUCAAGGAACUCUGUCUUGUGGGGGAGCAAAGCACGCUGCCAAUGGCUCUGCUCGUGAAUCUCACAUCUCUUACCAGGCAUCGUUCACUUUGCAAAAAAAACCGCCUCUCCGCUACCCUCCAGAACUUAUGCUUCGGUGAGGAUUGGCGGACGGAGAAGUUCACGGAAGAGCAGGACGAGGCGCUUCGGCUCCUCACGUCUCUCCAAGGCCUAUGGUUCAACAACUGCAGGGCUCUGCGGUCCCUCCCCCAAGGGUUGCAUCGCCUUCCUUCUCUCCAGGAAUUAAGUAUCGGGGGGACUCAAAAAAUCAGAUCGCUGCCCAAGGAGGGCCUCCCCGAUUCACUGCGACUGCUAGUCAUACCUCCCUCACAUCUCUCCGAAGCCUAUCGUUCAAGACUACAGGACUCUACAGUUCUGAGGCGGAAAGCUGAAUCGCACCUUCUGCAUGCCUUUCACACACACACACACACAUGGAUCUGCAGGACUCUGCUUCAUCCUACGCUUACACAUCGUUCAAAAACCAUAAAUAAUGAGCCCAACACCGAUGCAUCCAGCAAAGAUAAUAAGGGAAUUCUCGACAAGGAUGACUUGGUGCCUAAGUUUGAGGACUCAAGAAAAGAAUGA